AACUGCAAAGACUCUGGAGAAAUAGUGUCUCAUUUCUUCUAGGGCAAAGCACAGUCUGUGUUUCUCCUGUAUGUGAUCAAGAUUGCCAAAAUGCAGAAUACAGUAGAAUCCAUUCCGCAAGAAAAAUCCCUGGGAUCCGUAUGUGACCUGCCUUUGCCCCCGGAGCUAGAACUGGAAAUGGAACAAGAGAUUCUGGAAGAAAUUUACAAACAUUCCGAAGUUUCCAGUAGUCAGUAUGGCAUCAAUUUUUUUAUCAUUGGCCUUUUCCUGCUGCUGGCUUGUUCCAUCCAAGUUGUUGGGGUGAGUGAAAAGGACCUGAAGAUAUUCCUGAUCAUCCCAAUGCUGAUCCAGGUCUUGUGGAUGCUCUGGUACAUCCUCAGGAAUUCCACCAAGAAGUCCGGUCAGAAGGAGAAAGAUGUGCACGCCGGAGCCCGGUGGUUAAGGUGUGGUAUUUCUUUCUUUGCCCUGACCACAACUGCAAUGGACGCCUUGAAUCUGGGCUACUUUGUUGGCUAUCGAGACUGUAUGCCAUUGGCCGAUGCUGUUUAUCCAGUAGCUCAUUUUAUUCACACAUCUUUUCAGGUGUAUUUCCUUUGGUUCCAUUCACAAGAUGUCAUCAAGUCCUACAAAACUCUUGAGAGGUUUGGACUGAUUCACUCAGUCUUUACCAAUUUACUUCUGUGGGCGAGUGCGGUAACAACAGAAUCAAAACAUCAACUGAUAGAGCAUCUGGGAAGACUCUCAUCUCUUGGUUUUGUAAAUAUAUCUGUUGAUGAGAUAAAACCAUUGUGCAACUGCACCACUGGAAUAUGCCAUGAAUUCUCCAAAGGAAUAUAUUACAUUUACCCAUUCAACAUUGAGUACCAUAUUUUAGCAUCUGCAAUGCUCUAUGUUCUGUGGAAGAAUGUUGGGAACCAUAUGAAGCAUCAUGGGAAUAAAAGAAGCUUCAAUCUACAUGGCGUGGCCAUUGGUACUAUUUUGGGACUUGUUGUGCUAGCAGUGACAAUUGGAGCAGCUUUUAUAUAUAUUUCCCGGAUCGGACGCUCAAAAACUAGCAGUGAAUCCGCUCUAACGAUUUACUAUUGGUACUCAAUCAUUGUGCUCUUUGCAAUGAGUUUAGCUUCAGUCAUUGGCCUGAUACUUUAUAAAAUGGAAAAUAAGCCUACAGUGCAAGGCCACAGCCCUUCUAUAAAGCUGGAUGCCAAUCUUCUAGUAUGUGCUGCUUCUGGAUCUUGGAUUACAUCAUGGGGAGCCAUCUUGGCAUUAAUGUUUGCUGGAAGCUAUCAGAUGUACACUUGGUUUAAUCUGCCAUACUCGGUUUUGGUGAUCAUACAAAAGUAUGUUCAGAACAUUUUUAUCAUUGACUAUCUUUACUGUGAGGAUGAGCACCAUAUAUUGGAUGACAUAGAGAUACCCAUACCCAUAUUUCCGAGUGAAGCCAUGUUAUUUGAAAACCACACAGCCAUAGAAGCCUUUACUGAAGAAGUCAAGGAGGAAAAAGACAAAGAUGGAUAUAUUGGAAAUAUAUUAGAGGACAACAUUGUAGAGAAGAAUUCUUCAGAAUACAAUGCCAAGAAUAACCCUACUGAUAAUGGCAAUGAAAAAGACAAGACAAAGUCACUUCAGCCACCAGAUAACCCAACAAGCAGCAACAAACUGCAAGACUCGCCAAGAUUCAGGAAAGUGAUACUGAAAAACCUUACAAUCUUCUUGUUUCUCUGCAAUGUUUCCCUUUGGAUUCCCCCGGCCUUUGGAUGCCGACCCCAGUAUGAUAACGGACUGGAAGUAUCUGUUUAUGGAUUUUCGCCAUGGAUUAUUUUGGUUGAUAUUGCUCUACCGUUUUCAAUAUUCUACAGAAUGCAUUCCGUCUACUCCCUUUUUGACGUGUAUUGUAAAAUAUAAAAUAUAAAGCUGAGCCAAAAUAGGAAUUUGGGUUAUGACAGCAGUACUGUAGAAUAGUGAUGAAGACUGUGUCUAAUAUAGGGCAUUAGGUCAGAUCCGUAGAGUAUUACUGUGUGUGCCAGGUAUAACUGAAAGCCAAUCCGCUACUUUAUGGCAGGGACUCUUUUUACAAAUCUGUCUUUAUUCACUAGAACUAUUCAUAUCUAUAGAGAUUCUUGUUGUUCUCUGCUUAUAUACUCUUCUUUUCUUUCUUUAAUUCUAUAAAUGGUUAGGUACACUGGUGGAGACAUAUAAAUAAAAACUCACCUGCAGUAUAAUGUAGAAUGGAUUAGUUCUGCUUUGUUGAUCUCAUUGAGAGAGGUUUAAGGCUUGGGCUAACAGCAAAGGAGCCCAAAAACUUGCAUCCAUGUUGCCAAGCGCAGAGCAAAAAUCACUUUGUAAUUGAGCCUCACAACCCUCCAGUAAUCUUCAAUAUUUGAAACCGCUGUGAUUUAAGUAACACCUUUAAAAGUCUACUUACAGAUUGCUUUAUUCUAGACAACCAUAAAUUAAUUCAAAAAGAAUUUAAAAUGAAUUCAUUAAAAAAAUUAUUGAAAAUAUAUUAAAACUCAGGUGUGAUUAGGACACUAAAGACAGAGCUCCUUAGCACCCCACGCCCACUGGAGCUUGCUAAAUUGUGUCUAAAUGACUGGGAGAGAGAGCAGAAACAGGGGGUUAUUUAUCAAAAUCCGAUAAUUUCUUAGAAUUUUCUGAAAACUACUCCGACCAAAUCCGCAUGGAUUUUUCCCCAUUGUUUAUCAAUACAUUUCCCGAAAAUUUCUUGUUUGGGGAAAAAACUCAAUAAAAUCAUGAAAAAAUCAGAAUACUGCAACUUGAUGCCCGAAUACCACCAAUUUUUCAGAUUUGAUGCCUGAAUACUGUGACUUUUUCGGAUUUGAUGCCCGAAUACAACAACUUUUUCAGAAAACCCAGCCCAAAUCAUUAUAUCUUCUGGACAUCUGCCAUUGAUUUCUACAUGAACUCGGCAGGUCUGAGUUGGGCUACUUUUUCAUUCAGACUUUGAACACCCUCGGGGUUUAAUAAAUCGUGAAACAUUUGAGUUUUUUUUCACAAAACAAUUGUGUUUUUCCCCUUUAAAAGGCCAAUAAGAGAAAAUCGGACUUUAAUAAAUAACCCCUUUUGUGUAUUUGAUUACCUUUACAUCAUAAGGUUUCUACUAGGAUCUUUAGCUUCAUUAUUUUUAAUGUUUAUUUGUUUUUUAGCGUUAAAUGUUCAUUGUUUAUUGUUUUUUUUAAUUAUUUGACUUUAAAUCUAGAUAUAACCCAUUUGUUAAAGCAGAACUGUCUCUUCAUUACUGUUUUAAUAGAUGUGGCAAGACCACCAUUUACAACAGUUCAAGAUUUGGGUGUUUUUGACCUCUGUUUAGCUAUUGCUGGUAGUCUUACAUGUGCUCCUCUUUCUUCUAUACUGGCUUGCCAUGGCAAACAAUGGUGCUGUGGAUUUUUAUUUAUUAUCUCCCAGAGCCAUAUGACAGAAACCAUACAUGUUAGAGUAUAUUCAGUGUUGUACCUUCAUACAUUAGGGGCCUAUUUACUAAAACUCAAAUUAAUGUCAUUUUUUUCUUAAAACAAAGUCGGUCAAACUCCCUUCCAUGAAUUGAACUCAUUUAUCAAUAAUUUUUCUCGAAAAAGUCAGAGCGAAAUAUAUCAAGCAUUAAUUCAUAUCGUACGGUUGACGCUCUGAAAACUCGACUUUUUUGGAUUAUCUGCCAAAAACUCCAACUUAAUCGGACUAUCCAGAGGAGAUCACAAUGUCAAAAAACAACUUCAGGACAUCAGCCAUUGACGUCUACAUGACCUCGACAGGUUUGAGA